AUGAGCUGGUCUUUGUUUUGGAUCUGCUGCUGGUGCAUUCUGCCAAAUGACGGGAGGACAGAGCGCAACUUUGAGAUUGCUCUUGAUGAGAUCAGCGUGACUAAUCUCGAUCCGGAGUUGAUGGAAAACUUGGAGUUUCAACUGACCCAGAUAAAUAAUCGCAGUUACAUCGACGCUCAAAUGACAUUGAAGCAUAAUCUCAAGGAGUGGAAUGUACGUAACACUCUGGAGUUUUGGAAGCCAAACAAGCAGAAAAUCAAAGUGUAUGAUGUACAAUUUGAGGGGUGUUCUAUUCUGGAAGCUGGAACUAAGAGUCGCUUGUUGAAAAUUUUCGCAAAAGGUAUUAGGAAACACUCAAAUCUAAGCUGUCCCUUCCAAGCGGACUUCAAUUAUACGUUAAAUAAACUGUUCUUUGAUGAGCAGGAUUUUCCUCCGUUCGUACCGAUAGCCCCAUUUCUAUGUCUCUUAGAAUUUUCAACCAAACAGCGACUAAGUGCACGUCUCACAAUACACGGCAAAACUACAGCAAAACCUUAA